UCUCAGCGGCCGCCGCCAUUUUGUGCAGUCGCUGGGAAGGAAAGGAGACGCUUAAACCGUGGCACCGCCCGGUUUGAGCGGACCCAGCCCUCCCCGCUGUACUAACAACUCCGAUUCUCUUGUGUUUUGCUCCCGUCUCCGACGAGAGAGGCGGCGACGGUGGCGUCUGCGACGGGAGACAGCGCAUCGGAGCGAGAGAGCGCCGCGCCUGCCGCCACCCCAACAGCGGAGGCGCCGCCGUCAUCGGUCGUCACUAGACCCGAGCCGCAGGCCCUCCCGAGCUCGGCCAUUCGUGCCCCGCUCCCAGAUCUUUAUCCGUUUGGGACCAUGCGUGGAGGCGGCUUUGGGGACCGGGAUCGUGACCGGGACCGUGGAGGGUUUGGAGCAAGAGGUGGUAGUGGGCUUCCCCCAAAGAAGUUUGGUAAUCCUGGGGAGCGGUUACGUAAAAAGAAGUGGGAUUUGAGUGAGCUCCCCAAGUUUGAGAAGAAUUUUUAUGUGGAACACCCAGAAGUAGCAAGACUGACUCCGUAUGAGGUUGAUGAGCUACGUCGAAAAAAAGAGAUCACCGUGAGAGGUGGAGAUGUUUGUCCAAAGCCUGUCUUUGCCUUCCAUCAUGCUAACUUUCCACAGUAUGUAAUGGAUGUGCUGAUGGAUCAGCACUUUACAGAACCAACUCCCAUUCAGUGCCAGGGAUUCCCUUUGGCUCUUAGUGGCCGGGAUAUGGUUGGCAUUGCACAGACUGGCUCUGGGAAGACAUUGGCGUAUUUGCUGCCUGCAAUUGUUCAUAUAAACCACCAGCCAUACUUGGAAAGAGGAGAUGGCCCAAUUUGUCUAGUGCUGGCCCCUACCAGAGAGCUUGCUCAGCAGGUACAGCAGGUGGCUGAUGAUUAUGGAAAAUGUUCUAGAUUGAAGAGUACGUGCAUUUACGGAGGUGCUCCUAAAGGUCCCCAGAUUCGGGAUUUGGAAAGAGGUGUUGAGAUUUGCAUAGCUACUCCUGGGCGCCUAAUAGAUUUCCUGGAAUCAGGAAAGACAAAUCUUCGCCGAUGUACUUACCUUGUAUUGGAUGAAGCUGACCGAAUGCUUGAUAUGGGCUUCGAGCCCCAGAUCCGUAAAAUUGUUGACCAAAUCAGGCCUGACCGGCAGACAUUGAUGUGGAGUGCAACCUGGCCAAAGGAAGUAAGGCAGCUUGCAGAGGAUUUCCUGCGUGAUUACACCCAGAUCAAUGUGGGGAAUCUGGAGUUGAGUGCCAACCACAAUAUCCUGCAGAUUGUGGAUGUCUGCAUGGAAAGUGAAAAAGAUCACAAGUUGAUCCAACUGAUGGAAGAAAUCAUGGCAGAAAAGGAAAACAAGACUAUAAUAUUUGUGGAGACAAAGAGACGCUGUGAUGACCUCACUCGAAGGAUGCGCAGAGAUGGUUGGCCAGCUAUGUGUAUCCAUGGAGACAAGAGUCAACCAGAAAGAGAUUGGGUACUUAAUGAAUUCCGAUCUGGAAAGGCUCCUAUCCUCAUUGCCACAGAUGUAGCCUCCCGUGGGCUAGAUGUGGAAGACGUCAAGUUUGUGAUCAACUAUGAUUAUCCAAACAGCUCAGAGGAUUAUGUUCACCGUAUUGGCCGAACAGCCCGGAGCACCAACAAGGGCACUGCCUAUACCUUCUUUACCCCAGGGAACCUAAAGCAGGCUAGAGAGCUGAUCAAAGUGUUGGAAGAGGCCAAUCAGGCCAUCAAUCCAAAAUUGAUGCAACUUGUGGACCACAGAGGAGGAGGAGGAGGAGGGGGUAAGGGGGGUCGCUCUCGAUACCGGACUACUUCUUCAGCCAACAAUCCCAAUCUGAUGUAUCAGGAUGAAUGUGACCGGAGGCUUCGAGGGGUCAAGGAUGGUGGUCGGAGAGAUUCUACAAGCUACAGGGAUCGUAGUGAAACCGAUAGAGCCAGUUAUGCUAAUGGCAGUGGCUAUGGAAGCCCAAAUUCUGCCUUUGGGGCACAAGCAGGCCAAUACACUUAUGCUCAAGGCACCUAUGGGGCAGCUGCUUAUGGCACCAGUGGCUACACAGCCCAGGAGUAUGCUGCUGGUACUUACGGUGCUAGCAGCACUGCCUCAACUGGCAGGAGCUCCCAGAGCUCUAGCCAGCAGUUUAGUAGUAUAGGCCGAUCUGGGCAGCAGCCACAGCCACUGAUGUCACAGCAGUUUGCACAGCCUCCAGGAGCUACCAAUAUGAUAGGCUACAUGGGGCAGACUGCUUACCAGUACCCUCCCCCCCCUCCUCCUCCCCCUCCAUCUCGUAAAUGAAACUGCUUGGUGGGAGUGACUCAUGCAGAAUAAUUACAUCUAAAGGAACACUCUUUUCUUUUACCCUUCUAGACCGUUUCAUAUUUUUUUCCCCAACUAUUAUGGUUUAUCUUUUUUUAAUGCAGAUUAGUUAAAAUUUCACUGCCAGGUUUCUUCUGCCCACCCAAAAGAUCCAGUCUGUAAUAACAGAUUUUGUAAGGAAAAUAUAUAAAUAUAUAUAACUGACUGGAAAAGAUUAAUUUCUUCUCCCAAUUUAAUGCAUGUUGAGGAUAUUGAGCUAUUUUUUAUCUUAAAGGUAUAAGACUUUUGUUGGAGCGUGUUUAUCAUUGGGAGGGAGGGUAGGAUGUUCUACAGGAGAUAGCGCCUGUUCUUUAGACUGUUCUCCUUACUGGGAGGAGCCAAGAGGGAGUUCCAUGCACACUGUCCAUGGCAGGUUUUAAGUUACUGAAGUUAGAUUACUUAGGCCUGAUGAAUUUUUAAGACUGCUUUGUCGGUCAUUUUAGCUGAUGGCUUAUGUGUAUUUGACAGUUUUUAAAUUCCUAAUUUGUUUUACACUCUCUCUUGUAGUUACUAAAAUAUUAGCCAGGUUAGGUUGAGUUAGAAAUUAAAUUUCUGAGUUCAAGCGGGUUUUUUUGUUUUGUUGUUUCUGUUUUUUUGUUUUGUUUUAAGUUAAAAAAGAAAAAACUGCAAGGCAUUGUUUUUGCUAGGUAGGCUGGCAUCUGGGUAGAAGCUGCCUGGUUUUCUUCCCACAUAUAACCAGGGACCAUCUGAAAAGUUGCUUUUCUAGCCAGAUAGCCUCUAUGAGCAGUAAGCAUCAUGCUUAGCAGAUACUUCUGAGCAGCCGAAUCUACGAUGCAGAGAGCACCUUUAGACUGCAGAUGAGCACAUCUUCCUCUUAAACUCAGUAUUCUUAGAGCUAGAGUAAGAGUGACUUCGUGGAUUGCUCUGCCCGCUUGGCCAGGCUCUCCUGAGCAGGACUGCUGAAGAGGUAGUCUCCUCAGCCUGUUGUCUGCGGUGCUUUGUAGCAGUUGGAGGCACUCGUCCUGGGCAUCCCUUUGCCCUCGGCUUUUCACAGGUAUGUAGUGCUCCUGGAGGACUAAGGCCCAGCUCAGCCUUACUCUUGAGUGUGAAGGUGGGUGAGCUGUCUCAUCCCUUUAUUAAAUGCUUUUCCUCUUGAAACUUAUGAGAGCAACAGAUGAAGUUAGAAUAUUUUGCUCUCUGUCACCCUAACAAAUCAGGACAGUAGAUGGCCCAAUGCCUAUACUAGAUCACAGUGGUGGGCCUUCUGUGUUGCUGUUACCCUGUGGUGUUCACAGUGACGGUGCUUGCUUCUUUGUACCCUUAAGUCAGUACACUUGAGGUUUCCUUUGGGAAGAGAAAAAGGGAUGGUUUUUGAGGGGCUCUGAAAGUAGGAUUCAGUGUGCGACAUAACAGGUAGGUUGUCAGCAUAUGCUGGAUAUCUGCAUGUGAACGCUUGGCAUCCUUUUUUCCUUACCACUUUACAGACUAUGAACCCAAGGGAGAGUGGUGGGCACAGGUGUGGGCAACCAUGCUCUGUGCUUUGAAACCAAAGUGUGUGUCCUGUCUGUCUCAGCCCACCAAAAGGAAGUGUCUGAUCACUGGCUCUGACCAGCCCUUUAGAGAUAACUUCUACAACCAAGUUCACAUUUAUUUUUUAUUAAGCAUUAUACCAUGGGCUGUCCUGUGCUACUGUAGCUCUUCAAAACACCCCUCCCUUCUGUUACUGCCUCUAGGGAUGAAGCAGCAGCUAGCUUGUUUACCUCCCUUCACCAGAGGCAUAGUCCAGAUAAAACAGCAGAUUCCAGAGUUCACGAGUUCUUUUUGCCUGGGUACAGUAGAAAACUAGCAGUUUUCCUACUUAGUGCAAAUAACUUGUGCCUUGUCUGUCCUUGGAGUUCUGCUCUGAGAACAGACGUAGGCAAACCAGUUGAACUGGGUUAAUUGCCGUUGUGGUUAACCCAUGUAGGGAAAAGGCGUUGGUAUUAGGCUGUGGGCUGCUUCUUUCUACCCCUCCCUAAAAGUUCAUUGUGCAGACUUAUCAUCUAAAGGGUUGGUGGCUUUUGCUUGGGAUCAGUCCUCUGCUAAUGCCCAUGCUGGUCUCUCAACACAUUCCUGUCAUUGAGACUUGAAUUGUAGGUGUGAUGUUAAGGCACAGGAUGCUAAGAGCUAUGUUACUGUUAGUUUGUAAAUUGUCCUUUUGAUACCAUCUUGUUUUCUUUUGUAGGUAUAAAUAAACACUUGACAAUAAAGGUGUGAAUUUUUUAUUACAUUAAAA